GCCUGAUUAAAACAUCAGAGUCACAGUGAGCAACGCGCUCAGUGGUGUUCUAGAUCAGCUGGUUAUCGGGUUAACUAGUGUUAAGGUCAGUCUGGUCUUCAGGUUACCUGGUGCUGCUGUUUGAGUGGGUGAAGGUUGUAGGUGUCCUUCUGAUGCCUGAUUAAAUCACGACCUUCAAACCUUCGACCUUCCAUUUCUACUGGUGCUUUAGUUAAAAUGGUAACCAGUUUAACUGAUGCUCUGAUUUGGGGUCAGAUUGGUGUUCUAGUUGAUCUGGACAUCAGUUUAUCUGCGUGAUGUUUAUUAAAACACUGGUAGCAAUCUGACUGGUGUUUUAGUUCGCUUGGUCAUCAGGUUAACCUUGUAGCUGAACAGGUUAUCAGUAGAACUGGUGUUGCAGUGAUUCUAGUCAUCAGUUUAUCUGCUUGUGCUGCUGACAGGGUUUAUGAGGGUUGUCUGCGCUGAUGCCUGAUUAAAAUAAUGCUGUCUGACUGAUUCUUGUUGGCGUUAGAUUGUGGUGAAGGCGACCCACCACCACACAUUUUUAAAAGCAGAGCACAUUCAAGAUGCUCAAAGUAGUAAAUGAGGUGGAAUCGGAGAAACCUGAGAACCAGGAGGGGAAACACCACUGCUGUUCUCACUGUGGGAAGGUCUUCAGCAGAGCGUGUGGCCUGUGGAGACACCAGAAGAUCCACAGAGGGGAGAAGCCGUACAGCUGUGGUGAGUGUGGGAAAACGUUCAGCCAGGCGGCCCACCUGAAGCGGCACCAGAACAUCCACACCGCGGAGCAGAGCUUCCUCUGCCCGCUGUGUGGGAACAGCUUCACCCAGAGGGAAACCCUGAAGCUGCACCUGGAGCGUGUCCACGGCCGCCUGCAGCCCUACGGCUGUCAGGACUGCGGGAAACGUUUCUCCAAGCGCAGCAACCUCAAGGUCCACCAGCUGCUGCACAGCGGAGAAAAGCCACACGCAUGUGAGGCCUGUGGGAAGACAUUCAGGGACCGCAGCCACCUGAGGAACCACCGGGUCACCCACAGCGGGGAGAAACCCUUCUGGUGCGAGGAGUGUGGGAAGAUGUUCACCCGGCCCGGUUCCCUGAGGAAACAUCAGAGGAGCCACACCAGGGAGAGACCGUACUGCUGCGACCGCCGGGUCAACCUGGAGCAUCAAUGUUCUGCAGAUGAAAUGUUUUGUUCUGAGCCAAAAUAAAGAUUUAAAAUCAG